AGCGGUGUGCUCUUGGCUGAUUUAGUGAGCGCAACUGUGGUCACGUCCCGUGACAGAAGCGGCCAGAAAAAGGUAUCCUUGCAGGAAAGACACUUGAAUAGAAGGAAUAUAGCUGCUGCCGCCGGCUUAAAUGGAGUAUCACCUUCAUAUAGUGCCGGGUCUGUCGAUGUCUCGUCCUUGCCUCCGGAGCGAGUUGCUCGCGAAUUAUACCGCGCAUACUUCGAGAAUGACCACUUCUGUUAUCCUUUCCUGCAUCGGCAAACCGCAUUUUCCAUGCUUAAAAGAGCCUACGAAGACCCGGCCUUUCUCGAACAGAAUGCUUUCUUAUCUUUUGUGUUUGACAUGGUUUUGGCCAUUGCUACAGCUAGCGGGCCAAAGUUCAAUCUAGAAGCAUUGCCAGAUGCAGAAGCUUAUCAAGUACGGGCAACGCAGCGACUAAAUGAGGUUCUGCAAGAUGGCGGAAUCCAGGCCCUCCAAGCUCUUUUACUGUUGUGCCAGUAUCGAAUGAUCAACUCAAUUCAAGAUACAUCCACCAGUAUGUGGCACAUUGUCGGGAUCGCCGCACGCAUGUGCUUUGAGCUGGGGCUCCAUCGGGAACAAACAUAUUGGCCAAUUAGUAAUGCAAUGCCGGACCAACUAAUUUCGAAUGAGACACGCCGUCGAUGUUUUUGGUGUACGGUUGCAAUGGAUAGAAUUGUCAGUAUUACAUUAGGAAGACCCCUUGCCAUCUAUCUUCAUGAUGCCAACGUCGGUCUCCCCGACUUGAAUCUCGAUAUACUAGUGAAUCAAACCACCACGGAUUGUGACGACUCCUCAAGUCCGACAUUUUCUCGGACUCAAUUAUUCAACCAUAUAGUACGAUAUAGAGUGAUUUGCGGCGACAUAUUAACAGCACUUCAUAACGUGUCAUCCAGAACACAAAUGGACGAAGCAUCGCCUUUGAUAUCUCGAGACAAACUGGCACAACAGCUUGGCGAGUGGCAUAAAGCCACUGAGGAAUUAUCCCUUCCAGACGUAGAUUUAUGCAGUCCACUCUUGGAAAACCGCUCCAGCUUCCGUGCCCGGGAGUGGUAUGAGAUGCUAUAUCAUAAUGCUCUUCUGAUGUUAUACAGACCAUCUCCUGCACUCCCUUCAGUCUCCUCUAGAGAUGCUAUUGUCUUGCAAACUAUUUUCAUGUCAGCCAAGAAGGCAAUCACACUAUAUUCACACCUCCACCGGUCCAGACGUAUAAACUAUACGUGGAUAACUCUUCACUCGAUAUUCAUGGCCGGGCUGUCGUACAUAUAUGCCGUUGGCCAACAUUUUCGAUUCUCUAAGCAAAGCAAUAUCACUGGCCCUAAUCUAACAUCGAGACCGUCUCUGCAAUCCGACCCAACAAUUAUGGAGAUUGUUAAUGAUUCUCGAGCAUGUUCAAACCUUUUAGUCGCUAUAUCGGAGCAGUGGAAUGUGACCAAGCAUUGUCAUGACGUGUUCAAUCGCCUGAGUGAUGCGGCACUUUCUGAUGCCAUCCAGUAUCACUCCAAGACAUUCGUCAAUCCGCCAAGUGAUACCUCACGGUCAAUACAACAAGAGACUAAUCAUCCCCCGCUCAGAGAUUGGGACAUAGUCAACGAAGGAAACACCUCUCUUGGAGUAGAUUCAGUUCUGUAUGAGUGCUUUGGUGACUUGAGACGGCCCGAGCUCUAUGGGGCUGGGAACGAUCCAGUCGGCCAAUUGUUCCAUGACUGGCUGGGCGAAAUAGGUGGGAUAGACAUGAAUCAACCUUCUAUGUGGGGAUGAGAAAGGCUUCUUUUGUCUCUUCGAAUUAUGUA